AUGCUCGUCUCCCUCACCGUCGGCAAGGUCGACGCCGGCGUCACCGUCCUCCUGACGCCCGACAAGCGCCUGAUCGAGUUCCCAUCCAUCCUCCUGCCGCCCAACAUCUCGUCCGGAAGCAUCGUCGACAUCACCGUCUCGCAAAACUCGAACAAGGAGACGGCCGAGGAGCAAAAGUUCCGUGCGCUGCAGGACCGAAUCUUCUCCUCCUUUGGCGCCUCGGCGCCGGCGACGCCCCAGCUGCGCUGCCGCAACGCGACCCAGACGUCGGUGGUGCUCGAGUGGGACCCCAUCGUGCUCGCCACCGCCGACAUCAUGUCCCUGAGCCUCUACCGCAACGGCCAGAAGGCGGGAAACAUCCCGCGUCCGCUGCAGAUGCACAGCACCAAGAUCAGCGGCCUCGCCGUCGACACCGAGUACAGCUUCCACCUCGUCCUCCGCACGAGCGCCGGCACCCGCCAGAGCGAAAAGGUGACGGUGCGGACCCACAAGAUGACGGACCUCAGCGGCGUCACCAUCACGACGGGCAUACUGCCCGCCGCCGUCAAGGAGCACGUCGCCCAGGCGGUCGAGCGCAUCGGCGCCAAGAUUGUCGACGGCGUCCGCAUCGACACGACGCACUUUGUCACGACCGAGGGCAGGGGCACCGCCUGGGAAAAGGCCGUCGAGACCAACAUUCCGGUCGUGCGGCCCGAGUGGGUGGACGCGUGCGAGAAGAACGGCAGGAUCCUCGGCGUCACCAAAUUCUACCUCGACGCCAUGCGGCCCGGACCCCCGCACGAGGGCCACCUGGCAACACCGGUGCGGUCGAGGGGGUCCGGACGCGAGUCGCGCGCCGACGAGGCCGACGAGGGCGCCAAGUCCCCCGGAGGAGCCGGAGCCCAGGCCGGAGCCAAGGCCGGCGGCGGCGAGGGCAAGGACCGAGGCCAGGACGAGGGGGGCGACGGCGAAGAGCAAGGUGCGACGCCGGAGCCCGAGUCGGAGCCGACCACCAAGCACACCCUUCCCGAGGAGCAAAAGAUGCGGCUCGAGGAAAAGGAGGAGCACAAGGUGGCCAUGCGACCGAAGAGAAGUUCACCCGAGCGGCCGGACGAGCAUCAUGGGCGCAGCGACGACGACGACGACGGAGAUGGGCAUGACGGCGGCGGCGAGGAAAAGGAGGACGACGCGGCCAAGGAUGGAUCGUCGUUUCAAGAGGUCGAGCUGUAG